UGACAUUAGUUACAAACAAAAAAAAAAAAACCAAAGCGAUCUCUUAUUACUGCUUCGAAUUCGAUCGUUACUAGAACCUGUGACCACGACAUUGAAGUACUCAAAGUCAUCCGAAUCGAUUGGGACACGUUCUUCUUCAUCAACCUAAUCCAAACUUGUCCUCUCUUCGAUCCCAAAUCGAUAAAUUAUUACCAUUUGAGGCGGUUACUUAUUGAUCUCGGCGACGAUGGAAAGAUCGGCGUCGGUGGGUGUUAACGCCGACCGUUUUGGUGGAAACCAAUUCCAUUCUCCGUCUUUCUCUUCAUCUUCUUCCAUGAGACAUGUCAAUUACAGUUGUGGAUCUUGUGGGUAUGAACUAAACCUGAGCUCUACUAAUCGAAUCACAUCAACCAUCGGAUCGAAGUACGGUAAAUCCAUGAAGAGUGGGAUCAUUUCCUUCUUCAACAUCGACGAGGGUAGAUUCAGUCAGGUCGAUGAGUUCCAAUGCAUGCCUCACUUCUCUAGAUACUCUUGGGGUUUAUUUAGACACAGAACUAAGCUUCUCUGUCGUAAAUGUAAUAAUUAUAUCGGCAAUGCUUCUCAAGAGAAGGCUCCUGAGUACGCGCUUGUAACACAAAACUCCGAUCCGACAUCGCCUAGAAUUGGUAGUGUUACAAAGUAUGAUAUCAGGAUCCGUUCGCUUCAACCCUCUUCUGCGGUCGCUUUGCUGUGAGUGCCUCUUCUACUACUGUGUAUAUACCCGCCGAUACUCUACAUCUUCUUCAGAGUUUCUAGUUUAGAUCUUCGAUGAAGUGUUUGUUAUCGGCUUGGUACUGUUUUGAUAAGGUUGGUUUGGCUUUUCAGUUGUAUAGUAGUAGUAACAAUUUGCCUAUAUGUUUAUGGGUACUUUCACUUGCUCAAAUUCAUCAUUGGUGUUUACCAAUUUUAUUUACGAAAAACUGUGUACCACCAUCCAAAUACUGUAUUUCAAGUGUAAUGCAAAAGGUUUUAUCAACAAGAAGCUA